UAACUUUUUGUCUGGAUCUUUAAUCAAGGAGCGGAGCUGCGGGAGGAGAGAGAGAGAGAGAGCUUGGAGCUGACACACAAAAAUGGUGCAGAGACUGACUUAUCGGGCGCGGCACAGUUACGCCACCAAAUCUAAUCAACACAGAGUUGUUAAAACCCCCGGAGGGAAGCUGGUGUACCAGAGCACUAAGAAGAGAGCUAGCGGACCCAAAUGCCCCGUCACUGGCAAGAGAAUUCAAGGGAUUCCUCAUUUGAGACCUGCUGAGUACAAGAGGUCUAGAUUACCCAGGAAUCGUAGGACCGUGAACCGUGCUUAUGGUGGUGUAUUGUCUGGAAGUGCUGUGAGGGAGAGGAUUAUUCGGGCUUUCUUGAUUGAAGAGCAAAAAAUAGUGAAGAAGGUCCUGAAGAUCCAGAAGGCAAAAGAAAAACAAGCUUCCAAGAGCUAAACUCGAGGGAGUACUGAGGCAAAGAGCUGACUAAUAUCACGCUCUCAGAAAUUUUGCCCACCAUGAUGAUGAUGAUGAAAGAGAUAUUGAAUAUUAUAUCUUAAAUCCCUCUAGGUUUGAAUGAAUUAGAUUGAAUCAUUGUCGAUCAGUUAGUAGAAUAUGCUCAUCAGUCGCCAAAAUUUUUCUCGACAUUGUGAAAUGCCAACACUGCCCCGCUGUUGACAGUGUUAUGCUUAUAUUUCGUUAUUUUUAAGCACUUGUAUUCUGCACAAAAUCAGUAGGAAAAAAAUUCCGUUUCAAUA